AUGCGCAACACUCUGAUCUUCGCCGGCAGCUCUUGUCCUGCGCUUGCUGGGCAGAUAUGCUCCAAUCUAGGCAUGGAUCCAGCAGGCGUUGAGCUCUCUCAAUUUGCAAAUGGCGAGACCAGUGUCAAGAUUCUUACCAGCAUUCGAGAUAAGGACGUCUUUGUGGUUCAAUCGGGGAGCAGCAACAUCAACGACAGUAUAAUGGAGCUUCUUAUUCUGAUCUCUGCUUGCAAGGGAGGCUCCGCGAACAAAAUCACAGGUCAACCACCCCACUACGAUUCCGCUGCGGUCCUACCAUAUUUUCCAUACAGUCGCCAAUCGAAGAAGAAGUCACAUCGAGGAGCAAUAACAGCGCGUAUGCUGGCCAAUCUGCUCAACGUAGCCGGAAUCAACCAUGUCAUUACGAUCGAUUUGCAUGCCUCCCAAAUGCAGGGCUUCUUCAAGUGUCCAGUCGACAAUCUACAUGCUGAGCCAAUCAUCGCGAGGUGGAUUAGACGCAAUGUUGCAAAUUGGCAGGAAGCUGUCUGUGUAUCGAAAAACGCUGGCGGUACUAAGCGUGUAACAUCUUUAGCGGAUGCACUCAAACUCAAUUUCGGCAUGGUCACAACCGAUAAACGCCGAGGAGGACCUGGCAUGAGCGCGAGUAUGAUUAUGAAUCAGCUUGAUGGGAAUGCGCCCGAACUAGUUUUGGACUCUGAUAUCAGCAAGCUGCAAAUCAGCCCUGAUGAUAACGUAGCUCAUCGCGGCGAGAAGCCAGUGCUCAGCCAACUGCAGACAAAAGAACAGAAGCUAGAAUUCGCACCGCGUAAUGGGCAGACUCCGCCGCGAGGAGGGCACAGUCGACAGGAGAGUCAAUCAUCUCCACGAAAGUCUCCAGCAAUGUCAUCUCCUCUAAGAUCGUCAAAUGGCAAUGCCUCUACAACCAAAUCUCCCCUCACUCGCGCACAGACUGUACCCUCUAUAUCAUCCUCCAUUGAAGAAGAGCAGGAGUUUACAGAUGAGCGAGCUCGAGAUAUCACACAGGGAAGACUUGUCCAUGGCCAUAUUGUGCCCGACGACUAUCCUUCACCUACACAAUCCGCUAUGUCUACUUCGACUAUAUUAGACAACCCUGACGAUGAUCCAAUGUCUAUGUCGAGAGCAUCCUCAUUCUUCCAUCCCGAACCACAAGUCCUAGGCGGCUCAGCAGAUGCAGCGGCCUCCUCGGACGAAGAAGAUGGGGGAUUGAAUGACCCAGGCCUAGAGCAGAUGAUCACGCUUGUGGGCGACGUGAAGAAUAGAACGAUCUUCAUUAUCGACGACAUGAUCGAUAAAGCUGGUAGCUGGAUUGCCGCUGCCGAAUGCGUUGUAAAGCGCGGUAGGGCAAAAAAAGUUUACUGCAUUGCUACUCAUGGUCUUUUUGGCGGCGAUUCCCUUGAGGAGCUUCAAAAUUGCGAUUGCAUCGACACUAUUCUCGUCACUAACUCAUUCCCUAUCGCGGCUGACAAAGCACGUGCUGCGAAAAAGUUGGUCGUAUUAGAUCUGUCAAAUCUGCUAUCUGAGGCUAUUCGCCGAAAUCAUUACGGAGAGUCUAUCUCACCACUAUUUAGCCAUAGUUAUGACUAG